GGUGACAGCGUUGUCUUUACACCUUAUUCGAAAACACAGUUAGUUGAGAGUAUUGAUUCUAAACUUGUCUGCUGUAAUAAUUUAUUUACAGGGUCAAAAAGAAAUCUCACCAUUUCUACAAAUAUCAGAAUGGUGAACAGUAGGGCUAAUGCUAGGAUUGACCUGCACAGCAAUAAUGGAACCCCAGCACCAACCCCAGCAACUGUGGAAUACUCCUAUGUCCCGGUUACACAUACCAUAAAGUAUUUAGAGCGAGACUGUACAGGUCAAUACAGCACAGUAAUCAACACAGGUCACUGCAACUCCUCAGAUAAUUUCAUUGGAACAUAUGCUGAGAUUGAGCUCCUCACCACCAGCUCAGCUCUCCCACCACCACCAGUGACUGGAGAGACUGUCCAGUACUCUAGACCCAGUGAAAAACAGCCAUGUCAUCAAACACCGCAGGAACCAGUUCAAGGCGAGGUCACCUCUAACGAUGAGAUAUCACAUGGUCAAGAGGACCAGGAGAAAAACAAUGCAGAGCCCACUGAUCUUCAUCCCCUUGACAAGGAUAUCAGUGUUCACUUAAUCCUGCUCCAACUGAGGACUGUACAGUCAUGUUGGCGUGCCCUGGGUGAGGCUGCUGGACUGGAGAGGGAGACUAUGGAUAUGAUUGACGGGGGAGUUGGGUGAUGACAGUGCCAAAUUGGCAGAUGUGGUGUUUCAGUGGUAUGAGAGAAAGGAGUGUGUGAGGUGGUCAGAUGUGUCCUCUCUCUGUGAGCUAUCUGAGGCCAUUAACACUGCUUACAUCACUGUCCUCUAGUAAUACAUUUAUUGCAGGGGCUCUCCCAGUCAAAGAUGAUCCAGAGGUGGAGCUCCCAAUCCCAGACAAGACUACUGCCCCAGUUCUGCCCCCACGCAAAGCCACAUCGGGUGAUAAUGAAGGGGCUCCACCAAUCCCUCCACACAGGUUCUAAUUAGAGAUAAUGAGGGGGCCCCUGCCAUUUCCUCCCUUAGCCACAGACAUGGAGUUGCUUAUAACGAGGAAGCUGCAGUUUUUUCUCUAGAGGUGACCGAGAUUGAUUGUGAUGAAGGGACUCCCCCACCUCCACUUCCUCCUCCCUUAGCCCCUGAGGAUAUUGAUUAUUGAUGACGACGGUCAUACGUUUACAUACAGGUGUUAGUUAGGAUCUGUAAGACUACAGCAUUUGUUGUCUUUAUCUUUGACUGUACAAUAACGUAUAUGUUUAUGAGGUAUUCUCAGCUGC